AUGAAUAUUAAACUAUUGACACUCCUCCUAGUUACCGUAGGUUCCGCCUACGGAGGCCUCCUCUUCGGGAAAGGCAGUAUCAUCGGUACAGUUGGGGACGCCCUCGGCAUUAACAAUCUUGUAAGCGUUAAUGCUGAUGCUGAAGCUAACCUUCUAGGUAACAAAGUUGGUAUUGAUGGAGCUGUAGGUAUCGGUAAAGAAGGUAUAGGUGCUCACGUUUCUGGAGAUGCUGACAUUUUAGGACAAAAAUUAAACAUUCAUGGUGAUCUUCUUGAUGGACACGCUAUCGACCAACACCAACACGAAGUUUACAGAGACAGUAGAGGACGUCAAUACACCCUUCAACGUGAAUACGUCGGUUCCAAAUCCGUCUUGGCCAGAAAAUACUUAGACAACGGACAAAUUUAUGUCGAAGGCAAAGACGACGACGACGAGAUCCAACACAGGCAAGAACAACCAAAUAGCGGUAACUACUGGGAUGAUAGAACAAACCAAAUUGUUUUCUACGAUCCCUCCAAAAUCACCAGCAGCAGCAACAACGUCAAUGUUAUUUACGACCCAAGCAGUAACGGAAAUAUCGUAAUUAGAGACCCUGGUAGUUUAUCUAACACCAAUGUUAUUUACGUAAGAGACAGCAAUGGUAAUAUCGUAGCAGUUCCUAACGGAAACACCGGCAAUAUUAUCAUUAGAGAUAAUGGCCAAGACCAACAGGACUACCAACAGUGGCUGUGGAGACAACAGCAACAACAACUAUUGAAUCAACUACAACAACAGCAGCAGCAACAGCAGCAGUGGACCAUCCAACGUGUUUCAAAAUAA